AUGUCAUCUGCCAAACUUCACACACAGAAGAUGUUGAGGUGCUUCAAGACGUUGAUCAUACUCUUUCCUUUCCACUUUCAGAUCACUGGGGUGAUCCUGCUGGCUGUUGGCGUCUGGGGCAAACUCACUCUUGGCACCUAUAUCUCCCUCAUUGCUGAGAACUCCACCAAUGCUCCUUAUGUGCUUAUCGGAACUGGCACCACUAUUGUCAUUUUUGGCCUAUUUGGAUGCUUUGCUACUUGCCGCGGCAGCCCAUGGAUGCUGAAACUGUAUGCCAUGUUUUUGUCCCUGGUGUUCCUGGCUGAACUGGUAGCUGGCAUUUCAGGGUUUGUGUUUCGUCAUGAGAUCAAGGACACCUUCCUGCGGACUUACACUGAUGCCAUGCAGAAUUACAAUGGGAACGAUGAGCGGAGCCGGGCAGUGGAUCAUGUGCAGCGCAGUCUGAGCUGCUGUGGCGUGCAAAACUACACCAACUGGAGCACCAGCCCCUACUUCUCGGAGCAUGGCAUCCCCCCCAGUUGCUGCAUGAACGAAACUGACUGUAAUCCCCAGGAUCUACACAAUCUGACUGUGGCCGCCACCAAAGUUAACCAGAAGGGUUGUUAUGAUCUGGUGACCAGUUUCAUGGAGACUAACAUGGGAAUCAUCGCAGGAGUGGCUUUUGGAAUUGCAUUCUCCCAGUUAAUUGGCAUGCUGCUGGCCUGCUGUCUGUCCCGGUUCAUCACGGCCAAUCAGUAUGAGAUGGUGUAAGGAGAAGUCUUUCAAGAACGACGGAAUAAGCGACCUGUUUAUAAAAGACCUGCAGCAAUCUUUGAAAGACUUCCAAAGAAUGUUAGAGCACAGUACAUAAUACCCCUGCACCUGCACCCCCACCCCUAUCCUCCACCCCACCCCAGCCCCAGUGUGCAACCAACACUCCCACACAGUCUCUGCUCUACCUUUCAGCCGACAUCAUGUGUAGUGUUCCAAUUUGUGAAGCCCUGUCAUGCCAGAGUGUAGCCAGGUCCCCCCGCAGCUAGUCCUUACUGGAAACCCCACCCCUGACCCCCAAGGCUCUCUGUGUUCCAGCUCCUCCAUCUGUACUUGGUCCAACUGCAGCUCAUCGUAGGUGACUGGUUAUCACACCAUCACUGGCCCUGCUGGGCCCUGCAUGUAGUGUGGGAGGCUCCCGUUUGCCCUUCACCAAGAUCGAUGAAUACUGAAUACCACACACCUUUAUGUAGAUAAGCAGAUGAUAGAUACCUGUUCUUUUGACUUAAUCUCAUUUGGUUUGAUUUUCCCUUUAGUAAGGCUCUUUCCUACCUUCUUCAGACUGCCCAGGUCAUGGAAAAAAAUACAUUGGUUAUUGUCCAUGAGGAGAAAAAAGCAUGUGUCAUGAGUGGUGUAAAUUGUUGUUGAGCUUUAGAUGGCCUCCUUGCUCAUAAUUGUUACAUGCCUGGGUGGGUAUAGACAGUUUAGUGCCCCUUUACCUCUCAGUUGAAACCUGUAUAAUCCUGUUACAAAGCUGUGUCAUUGCUUCCUGUGAAGGCAAUAAUAUUACUUUUGGGUUUUUUUUCUCCAAUUAAUUGCUAUUGUGUUAUUUCUUCUUUCCGUAUUUUCUUCUUGCAUUGACAUUACAGACAUGGAGGACCUCGUCAAGUCAAGUUCAAUAUGCGUGUGAGGGGGAAACAAAAGUCAAAAUAUUUCAAAAGAACUUAAAAAAUAAUGCCUCUGUCUAGCAUGCCAACAAGAAUGCAUUGAUAUUGUGAACAUUUGUGAUAUAUGUAUUAAUAAAUAGAGCCAUUAAAA